AUGUCUGUCCGCCGAGCGCUGGCACCGCGCUCUAUCCACUUGCGCAUAGUACCACGUCCUACGAACCUAUCCGAAAGUCGCGAGAUAUUCCGCCUACUGCAGCGCUUUGGAGAGAUCAGCACCUUCCAGUAUCUACGGUACGAAUACCAGAACCCCGCAGACAACGUCGCCUUCGCCAUCUACCGCGACGAGUCCUCCGCCCAGCGCGCCCUCGACGCCUCACCCAUCCGCUUCGCCCUCGAAAAGCUCAUAGCCACCGAAGACGACACCACCCCCGAAACUCACACCGGCGAGCAAGACGAGGAAUAUGCGCCAACCCAGCAAACACCCCAAAAAGCAGGCAUCGACGAAAUUCUCCGUCCCUCCCAACUCCUAAACCGAACCCUACCUACCACCUCCACCACCCAGCAGCCCCACCCACCCUCACCCACACCAAUGCCCUUCGACCCACCACCCACCUCCCCAAAACAAAAGAAAUGGACAAAAUGGUUUCAGGUCACUGUUGAUCGUUCGCGCGCCGUUCAUCAAGAUUUUGUUGAGCGGCAGCCGUAUUGGAAGCAGUUCAGCCCCAUGAGGAGUAUGGCACAAGCUGAUUUGGAGAAGAAAGUGCCGCAUGUUGGGUUGAGCGAUGUUAGUAAGAGGCCGCCGAAUGCGUAUCGGACGCCUGCCAAGGUGCUGAGGGUUAUGAACGAGUAUGUGGAGACGAGGAUGCCGACUUUGAGGGGAAUUGUUGAGGGCGGUGACAUUGAGACGGCGUAUUUGGAGAGGAGGAAGCGCAGGGUAUGA